AUAAUUCCUUAAUUAAACACAGAGUAGUAUACGGAACCAGCAUGGCAGCUACCCUAAAGCCUAUGCUAUAUUCUCGCCAUUUAUCUGGCCUUUUGAGGGCACCAUGCAAGCUCUCUACUCCUCUGAGGCUGGUGUAUGGACUCAGGAGCCUGUCUGCUAGCUUCCCUGUAAGCAAAGACCCCAACACGCCACGCAAAGCUGGAGAUAAGGGACCUGGCAAGAACUACCGUAGGAAGGUGGCUAAAAAAGCCAAGGCUCUCCCUGAGGAGGGUGGAGAAGGCGGUGGUGGUCUGGACUCACUGCUUAUGAGUAUGCAGCACAUGGAGGGGACAUCAGAACAGGAGGCUGGGGGCAAGGAGACUCCUGAUCUAAUGAACAUCCUCUCUGGAAUAAAAGUGGUCAGUACUGGAGGGGAAAGUCAGAGAAGGAGAACAGAGUCCUCCGCUGUGACCAGCUGUCAGUUCCUAGACCCCACCGCUGGGCCAAGGCUUGAAUUAUUCUACAAACCAAAGGCAGGAGUGCCCAUCAAGCCUCCAGGAAAGCCAACGUACGCUGAGAUAGAGGAACGAGAGAAGAUCAAAGACCUUCUAAUGCUGCGACCGUGGAGUCACUAUAACGACGUGCUUGAGAACAGGGGAAUUCCCUUCCCACGGCAAUUCCCCAUUGACAAUGAAAACUACGAUCAAGGUGAUGAGGUCGGAGUAGGGUUUGAGGAUCAUGUUCUGUUGGACCACCUUCUGACAGAGCUCCCUAAGAAAGGUCCUGUGAGACACUUCAUGGAGUUAGUGGUGACUGGACUCUCCAAGAACCCUCACUACACUGCUGAGGAGAAGAGGGAGAUGGUGGCCUGGUACAAGAACUACUUUGACAGCUUCACAGCAGAGCAGCUGCAAGCUAUUUGAGUCGUUAUGUGUUGUAGGGACAUUUAGUUGUGAUGCUGUGUGUUGUGUCUACUCAGUCAUUAUUGUGAUUACUCAUGAGAA